AACUGGAAAUCAUUUAAAGAGAGAGAGAGAUCAGCUAAACCAACGUCACAACCAGUUCUGUGAUUAACCUUGAUUAACAAUAAAGCAAAUCAUUAAAUCAUAACAAGAGAUUGUGUUUACAAAAGUGAAUUUAAAAUCUGAAACUAUUUUCCAAUUGUUCACUAAUCAUCACCACUAAUUAACACCAUGGUUUUAGCUUGGGAAUAUACUAACGAUGGUUCUGAUCCCCUGUCACCUCAUAAACCGGAGCCCAUGAAGUUCAUUGAGGGUAAAGAAUUGAAAGAGAGAACUGGAGUUCUUACCUGGAAGCUUGACAAUGACAAUUAUGAGCAACAAUUAAGUGAAAUAUGCUUGAAACGAGGUUAUUCUGGGUCCGAUGUUCUUGAAAUGUAUCCAGAAUUAUCGGAUGAUUAUAAUGCGAAAUGUGAAAAGUUUUUCACUGAACAUCUUCACCCGGACGAGGAGAUACGACUUUGGAUCGAUGGUGCUGGUUAUUUCGAUGUUAGAGACCCGAAAGAUAAUUGGAUUAGAAUGCAAGUCGAAAAAGGUGAUCUUCUUAUCCUUCCACCGGGAAUUUACCAUAGAUUUUCACCGAAACCUUUUGGUAAAACUGCGUUCAAACGAAUCUUUACCGAAGAACCGAUUUGGAUUGGCCAUAAUCGACCUGCCGAUGAUCAUCCUGCUCGAAUCAAGUGGCUCGAAAUGGCAUCUCAACAAUUCCAAGGUAUCGAAGUGGUCUGAAUAUCUAUCGAAACAUCAAGAGGUCGGUUCGGAUUCCACAGCGCCAAUCAAUCAACAAUCAAAUAACAUCAUUUGACUUUUUAAUUUUGAUCUUGUUGACAAAAGAGCCAAUAAAAAUUCAAUUGUUAUCGAUA